AGAAAUUAAUAUAUUUUUAAUUGAAAUAAUCGUAGUAGCAGGAAAUAGUCAUUUCUUUGGGGGGGGGGGGGGGGGGGGGAGGGCCUUCAGUGACGGGCCUGUCCGUACAUGAUCCAAUCACAUAGGGCCAAAUCUAACCCAAAAACCCACUUGCUCUGUUACUCUGCUCCAAAUCCUCGAUUCUGCUUCGCCAUCUACGCGAACACAUAGCUGUUUCAGUUGCCGUUUACGCUCGCUCUUUACCUCUCACACACCGUGUGAACACAAGUGUGACGCUGCUGCCCUGAGCUGGAGUUUAAUCAACUGCACCUAAUUGACUUUGAAGAAUGAGUGAGCUUCUUUUUGAUGAGAUCUUUAAGGUUGAGGAUGUAGACCCUGAUGGUAAAAAGUAUGACAAAGUUUCACGGAUUGUUGCACGGAGUGAGAAGCGUGACAUGUACAUGCUUCUAGAUGUAAAUACUGAGAUUUAUCCUAUGAGAAAAAAUGAAAGAUUCUUGAUGGCUUUGUCUCCUUCACUUGUUUUGAAGACUAAGGAUGGCUUAGUGUCUAUUCAAGACAAGUUUGAAUACAUCAUGCAUGGAAGAUUAUAUAACAUUACGAAUGAGGGAAGUUCAAAAUCUCAGCUUGAAGUGUACGUAAACAUUUCCCAUCUUUUACUCCAUUUUGUUCUCAUGAGAAGUAUCACCUGGGAUUCUAGGAUGUUUAACCGAACCCUAUUUUACAUGACAAAUUAAGCUACCGGACAAGUAGCUUAGGCAUUUGCAAGUGUUAUGUUUCUCUGCUUAUUUCAUGGAUCUUGGGUAGAAAGAAUAUAGUUUACAUUUUGCUUAAUGGAAUCAUAUCUUUGCAAAGCAAUAUGGUGCACAUUGAGGGUUCCUCAGGGAUAGGGAUAAUCUAUGUGCAAUUUCUAUGAUAUUGGAAAUAAAUAUAGGCUAAAUUAGUAGAUUGACUCCUUAGCUUAAAUUUUUUCAGUUUGGUCCUUUAACUUUUUUUAUUUUGUUUUGGUCCUUUCAUUUUCAAAAAUAUUUCAAAUAGGUCAGUUUUUGUUCAAAAACAUUAAUUCCAUUAAGAAUUGUUGUUCGGCUUCUUUCUGUGACUUUCUUGCUCCUCUUUUCCUCUUAAACAUUAACCUUCUUGGCUCAACUGCAUCCCCUACACUUCCCCCGCAGCUGCAUGCUGUAGAUCUCAAGUAUCCCUUGCAGAAGACAACUUUCAAACACCGUUGGGGGAUCCCCUGGCUUGACCCUUUGCCACACCCACACCCACUUCCAAUACCACAGUGUGGAUUGUGGAGAACCAGCACAAAC